AUGAGCUAUGGCAUUCACUUUUCUGGGUAUCCAAGGGUACUGGAGGGUUACUCUAAUGAUAACUGGAUUUCUGAUGCUGAUGAGUUGUACGCCAUGAGCGGAUACGCGUUCCUGCUUGGAGCUGGUGCUAUUUCGUGGAAGUCUUGCAAGCAGACAAUCUUAACGAAGUCUACAAUAGAAGCAGAACUGGUAGCAUUAGAUACCGCUUGUGCUGAGGCUGAGUGGCUUCAUGAACUCCUUACGGAUUUACUGGGUGUGGAGAAACCUAUACCGGCUAUUUCUAUGAACUAUGACAAUCAAACUGUGAUAACAAAAGUGAAAAUUUCUAAGGACAACACGAAGUCUACAAGCUCCGAGAAGGAGGACCUAGAGGAGGAGGACGAGGAUGAAGAAAAGGAGGAUGCCAAUAAUGCUGAUGCCAAUGAUGAUGACAACGACGACGAUGAUGACUUCGACGACACAGACUCCAACUUUGGCUCGUCUCCUCACAAGCUAGUGAGGCGAGCAUGA